CACUGUCGCAACUUCCCAGACCAGAAGUUUUUUCGGCCUGAAGACGUAGCUUUUGACUUACAAAGGAAAUACUUUGAAUACAGCCGUAAGAAAUACAAACCCUUCGUAGCAAUAGUCCGCGAAGGGCUCAAUCGUUUGAAUAUCAAAGAUUCACCUGAACCUGAGGUUGCGAAGGUCGAAGAAGUGGAAGUCGUGAAUGAGCCUGAUAUCGCUGUAGUUCGUGAAGUCAUUUCACCAGCAACGGCAGCGAAGAACGAGAGGAAGAGGAAAGCUCAAAGUUUUAUCGUUUCCGAACUCAUCGACCCGUUUUGUAGCUCUACUUCCUCAACGCCUAAAGUUGAAGACGUCUACGUUUCUAGUGACGAGGAAAACGAUAAGCAAUUUGAGGACAUCAAGACACCAAAUCGUGCUAAUAAAUCGAUAUUGAACCUUUACAACAGCGCAAAGAAGAUGGAGUCUUCCCCAGUUCUGAACACAACGACAUCAGCACCGUCGAAGAAAAAACGAGCAGCAGGAGCUGUAAAAAGCACGGUCAACGCACACACAAAUAGUCCUUCGGCCGCUCCUCGGGGUCUUGGCAAUGUUCCCACUCUUGCCGUACAACCUCGUCCCUCUCCAGUGAAGUUUGAAGACCUGGGCGGUUGUGACAGGCAGUUUCUGGAAGUUUGCCGUCUCGCUAUGCAUAUGAAGCGACCACACACGUAUAAUGUGCUAGGAGUUGAACCACCAAAGGGAUUCUUAGUACAUGGUCCUCCUGGAUGUGGAAAAACACUUUUUGCUCAGGCGGUAGCCGGCGAAUUUGACUUGCCUAUGAUCCAACUUGCUGCCACGGAACUAGUAUCCGGAGUAUCCGGCGAUACCGAAGAGAAAAUCCGUCAGCUGUUCAUCAUAGCAAAACAGAGCGCUCCGUGCGUAUUGGUGAGUUAA